AAAGAUAAAAAGAAAGAACAACAACAGUCCAUUCUCACAGAUGAUUUAUUAGCUAAGGCUGGUGUCGAUGUUGAAGAACCAACAGCUUCAAAGUCUAAUGGAAAGCAAGAAGGUGAAUCAUCUAGUUCUGGUGAAACUGAAGAAACUGCUGGUAAUGAAGAUGGUAAAUCAGAAAGAAAGAAACGUAAUAGACAAAGUUCCACCGAUGUUAAAAGAGAAAAGGCAGCUAACUACUUCUAUUUGGGGUUCUUUGCCACUGCAUUAGGUACUGUUGGUUAUUUGGCUAGAGAUUGGGAAGCUGAUGAAGAUGAAAAGAUUAAGAAAGACAUUCCAAAUGGUUAUUCUUUAGAUUCCAUGUGGGCAAGAUUCAAUGCUAGAUUUAAUUCAAUCUUUACCUAUUUCCAAGAACCUCCAUUCCCUGAUUUAUUGCCAGAUUCCCCACCAGAACCUUAUAAACGUCCUUUAACUUUAGUUUUAACUUUGGAAGAUUUAUUAAUUCAUAGUGAAUGGGAUAGUAAAAAUGGUUGGAAAACUGCUAAAAGACCAGGUGUUGAUUACUUCUUGGGUUAUUUGAGUCAAUAUUAUGAAAUCGUUUUAUUCAGUUCUAACUAUAUGAUGUACAGUGAAAAAAUUGUUGAAAAAUUAGAUCCAUUACAUGCUUAUAUUAGUUAUCAACUAUAUAAAGAACAUUGUUUAUACAAAGAUGGUGCCCAUAUUAAAGAUUUAUCAAAAUUGAACAGAGAUGUUUCCAAAGUUUUAAUUAUAGAUGUUGAUGAAAAUUCAAUUAAAUUACAACCAGAAAAUGCUAUCAAAUUACAACCAUGGAAUGGUCAAGCUGAUGAUGAAUUGAUUAAAUUAAUCCCAUUCUUGGAAUACUUAGCAACUCAACAAGUUAAAGAUGUUAGACCAAUUUUAUCUUCAUUUAAAAACAAAUCACAUAUUAGUGAAGAAUUUUUAGAAAGAUCUGAAAAAUUACGUCAAGAAUUUGAAAAAGAUCAAGCUAAAAAGGAAUCAACCAAUUUAUUAAAUAAAUUAUUGGGAUUACCAGUUGUUAAACAAAAAUUCCCAUUAGACGCUAUUCAUGAUGAAGGUGUUAGAAAUUUCCAACACUUCCAACAAUUGAUUAAAGAAGAAGAACAAAAAUUAAAAUUACAAGCUGAAAUGCCAAAAGAAACUUUUAAAUUAAAAGAUAUUGUUGAAGGUAACUUACCAAGUCAAGAAGAAAUGAUGAAGAAACAGUUGGAAAAACAAUUAGAAUUUGAA